AUGUUCUAUUUCGGAGUUGCAGACUUUUCGGAAUUAGAUUUUUUAUUUCUUUUCUCUUCUCGCUUCAACUUGCUCUGUCGCCUCAUCCUUGCUUGGUGCCUGCAGCCGCUGUCUUCCGGGCCUCGGGCCGCCUCCAAAGCCCCGACCGGCUCUCCGCCUCAGCGCGCCUGCCUCCCGCCUCGGUCGGCAACUGCGCAACGCCUCACUCGGACACCAGCUCGGCCGACCACUGCCAGCUCUAUUUGCGCCCGGCAACCGGCCUUGACAACGUCACUGUCGCCCGUCUCUCCCGUCUCUCUUGGCAACCGACGAGGCGGUGGAUUGAGGCAGCAGCGCUCGAUGCAACUGCAGACGGUACCGGACACGAGGGCCAAUCUACGACAGGCCACGGUUUCGGGCGCCGCCCCCAUCCACAGCAUCGCUCGACCCUCCGGACUCAGGUACCAACACCACUGCACCCUCUGCUCGCAGAAACAGGAAGCGGGUGUGUGUUGGUUGUCCGAUUGUUGGGCGACUUUGUUGUUGUUUUCUGUAUGA